GCUCGAAGUUAAACAUCUGAUAUGAUUAGCUAGCCUAGCAAGCAAAUAUUUCGCUUUAUUUUGUACAUAGCAUAGGCUUGCUGCCUAGUGUGUAUAAGAGUGAGUUCAGUGUGAAAAUAGCGUGUGCGGGCUUAAAUAAGUGCUAUUGUAAAUUUGUUUGUGAUAUUAUCUGCAAAAUAAAUUAGUUAGCCAUGGCGGAAGUGGAUACCUUUGGUGAGGCUGUCCUUAGAUACAUGGACAAGGGCCUAGUUCUAAUAGUGGCAGAUAUUUUAAGUUUAAUUACGGUGUCAUCAUGUUUGGUCAUAAAAGUUCCACAGAUCAAUACAAUCCGCGCAAAUAAAUCUUCCAAAGGCAUUAGUAUUUUUGGCCUAUGCUUGGAGCUAUUCAGUUACACGGUUAUGAUAUCCUACAACUAUACCAAUGAUUAUGAUUUCCUCUCGUAUAUGGAAUAUCCCAUAUUGUUAUUGCAAGAAUAUGUUCUCAUAUAUUUUGCAUUUAAAUAUCAAAAUCUGUUGGGUCUACGCACACGAGUAGUUGCUGUGUUCUAUGUCAUCAUUGCGACACUGAUCUACAUGAAAAUGUUCCCAUUGAUGAUUUUACAAUUUUUGGUGCCCUUCUGUACCCCCAUUGGAGCCACUAGCAAAGUUUUACAAUUGGUUGCCAUACUACGCACAAAAGAUGCCAGUUCUGUAAGUCGCAUGACUUGGUUCCUAUCUGCCUUCACAAAUAUGACUCGCAUCUACACUGUGUAUGUACAAUCGCACGAUUGGAUGUUGUUAUCGAAUUUCCUGAUAUCAACCUUUUUGAGUUCAUCUGUAUUUGUGGCAGCCUGCAUUUACAAGAAGAAAACGAAGAAGGAAUAAAAGCUAAAAGAAGCUAAAGAGAAAAAAACUCGAAACAGCUACAUCGACAAUUAUGAUGAAAACUAUUGGCAGCAUCAGCAAAGAUAGAGAUUUCUAUUUUAGUAAAAUAAAUUAUUUACACUUUUAAUAUUACAUAUACACACACACACACACACACAUACGCUACUUUGUACAAAGGAAUUUUGUAUAUGUAUUUUCUUUAUUUUUGUAUUCAAUUUUAACUUGAGAGAUUAUUCGUUAAUGUUGUAGUUCAAUGGCCUUUAUUAAUUAUGACCAAUAAAAUUUUUGAUUGUUAAGAACAUUAUGUACAAUUA